AUGUGGCUUACCCAAGAAUUGGCUGUAAAAAAUGUUUUCGCUCACUACCACAGGGGUUGCCGUUAGUUUUGCUUUUUUUAUGUUUCGUUCAUGUGUGGCAACGAUCGCUGAAUACAUGCCCUUAUUCAUGGCACAAUUAGGAUACAGCACAACUUAUGUCGGUUUGGUCCCUGUGCUUGGUUUCGUCACUCAAGUGAUAGGAAUACCGAUCGCAGGAUAUUUGUCUGACAAAUUUCGCAUGAGGAAGCACCUGCUGCUUAUAUGUAUCCUUUUGUCGAUUCCCAGCACCUUGCUGUUUCUGGCACCGAAAGCGCCUGAUUUAACCUGCGAAGAAUCAUCAUCGGGAAAUAUCACAGAAUCAUUCGGAAACUCCAGUAUUGUUCAUAAUUCUGUAAUGAACGCAUCAUCUGCUGAAAAAAAUGUCGAAAAUCCUUUGGGGAAUAGCGAGACGAAAUACGACGGCGAUAUGAAUACGAGUAUCUUGAAAAACGGGUGGUGGAUUAUGAAGAAGUCAAGUCGGUCUUGUCAAAACUCAUUAUAUUCUUGUCCUGUUCAUUUGCGCGCAUGCAGCAAUUUCACUGUUUCUAUUUGCGCCUCGUUUGCUGGUCUAGCGUUUACUGAAAAUGCUUGGCUGGUGAUAUUCCUCGAUAGUUUUCAGUCUGUUUCGUUUGUCCUAACUUAUGCGUCUUUGGUAAUUCACUUUUCAAAAGCGGGAUCAAAGGCAUCGUCUGCUUUUUUUCAAGGUGUGGUGAACCUAACUUUUCAUGGAAUUGGCAAGGAACUUGGCUCCGCAGUUUUUGGAAUCUGUUUUGAAGAAUUUGGUACAAGAUUAAGUUUCUGUGGUUUCUCUGUUGUCACUGUGGCUUGGAUGGCGGUGUUUACUAUUUAUAUCUUCUGUGCUAAAGAUGUUCAUAGUUACCAGGAGGUCCCACGGGAGGAAGAAGUUAGUGAUGAUGAUCGAGAAAUAAAGUGAAGUUGAUGCGGAGCAUUUGCACUGAUAAUAUGCCGCUGGCGGAUCUGGGGGUAGUCAGAAUAAAUUACACAGCUAAAUUUUGAAUUCAAAACACCUUAAUAUUUUUAAAAUGAAAAGGAUAUUUUUAAAUAAAAAUCUAUUAGGAUUUUAAGCGAUUGCGAUUUCAAGCUGUAAUAAUUUAUUCUGAUCACCCCCAGAUCCGCUACUGUAAUCUGUUAAAAAUAUUUCCAGGUGUUUAAAUUACGUUCUUAAGAUAUGAAAAAUAGAAUUCUGAAGAUAAAAUAGAAAUCGAUGUAAAUUCGAGUAAACCCUCAUGAUUGCGUGGUGGCCAUUAAUUUUUUACACAUCUCUUAUAUUAUUUAAGGAUUUUAGCACUCUGUAUGUACGUUAUCCGGUUUUAUAUGCACGAUUUCAUAAACAAGGAACGAGAAGUCCAGUUCAACUGUCCUUAAUAACAAGGCUAUUGCAUGGUUAUUAGUUUCAAUACAAUAUGAUUAGAUAAAAAAU